AUGGAUUGUGGUAGCGCUGUAUUUUCUGCGUAUACAGUGAAAGAAGUUGAAGCUGAAAUAGCAAAUCUUGCACCUCAUUUACCUGUAGCCGUACUAAUGAACGGUGGUAUUAUCAAGCUUGAAGGUGCAAAUGGAUUUUUUAAUUCGAAUUCGCUUCUCGAUCCGAAUUGGCUAAAAGGUAAAAUGACACCGCAAGAAUAUUACGAAGCAACCGAUUAUAUUAACAAGUGUACGGCUCAUACUCAUGUUAGUCUGAGUAAGAUCUAUUUAGGAUCUGAAAGAGCAAUGCGUGAACAAUUACGAGUUCAAGCAGGCAUGACUGCAGUAGAGCAGAUCAAUCGACGACAUCCAUCAGUUUGUUUUACGUAUCAACAAACGACCGAAAAUAUACAAAUGAAUACAUCUUGGAGUACAGAUCCGACAGUGCGCUUGGCACAAAGAGGCAAAGCACCCAUUGAUCAUGCCUCAAUAACCGUACUUUAUAUUUCUGUAAAUUGA